GACGUCCUCGUGCUGGGUGUACUGCUGAGCCAAGCGAAGGGCAAGAUCAUUGGCCUCUGAACUGUCAGGAGAGCAGAUGUAAAAUCACAGGAGUGGUACUUCAGGAGUACUAUUCUUUCUGUGUGUGUGUGUGUGUGUGUGUAUGUGUGUGUGUGUAUGUGUGGGGGCGCACAGCUUACCCAGAGUUUACAAAGUAGAACACGCACAGCUUCUCGGGCAGGGUGGCAGCCAGCCGGUCUGCAUACGUGACUAUGUUGUCGUGCAGGAAUCGUGAGUUUGUGUUCAGCAGGUCCAUCUGUACUGCUGCAGCUGCAGUGAUGCUGGGGUGACAGUGGCCCACUACGAAAGGAGUCAUACUGUAUGUUACUUUAAAAACAGCAUUAAAAACGUGCUGCCAUUAGUAGACAGGCGGAGGGUAAUAUAAAGUGUUACACAACGGUAAUAAAUGGACUAUGCACCGGGUGGUACAUGUGUUACCAUGAUGAACGUUGCUGAUGCAGUCCAGAUAGCGCUCGCCGUUUUCAUCAAAUAGAUAUUGGCCUCUCGCUCUCACUAUUUUCACAGGAUCGUCUGAAUAAAACAGUCUACAUGACUGCCUGUGAUCGAAGAAAUUACUACGUGUCAGUAACUUUCGUGCAAAUGCUGCACAGCAGCACAAUAUGUGUACCAACGAGCAUCAAGACAGUCAGUUUCACUUUUACAUACCCGAUUAAUCUCCUCCUCAUUUCGAGAGUUUCUUCUUUCCUGAGUUUUUCAACUGCCAUAUUGUUUUUGGGUUUCUCUGUAACGAAUACCAAAGACUACUGAGGGGAAGAGCGCUGCUCAAUGACAGUUCUCCUUCUCUUUGAAGUUUUUUUACGGUAGUUUUCGUCCCGUAAAUUGCAUUACUGCCCCCUACUGGAUCUAAUCGUCCACCAUCCUCAUUCUAUUACAGACCUUUUAAAAAGUCCGAUUGCUUUCGAAAGCUUAAAUAUAAUUUGUCUCCCUUCCACCGAGUCAGUCUCCUCUUUAGUGACCUCUCCUCGUCCUAGCCCUUGUAUUCCUGCAACCUCUUUCCUCUUCAUACUUCCUGCAUUAACACAGGACACUCUACUGUCUCCUUUCCUUCACACUGUUUACACUGAAUGCCCAAUGACAGCUAUCUUGUCAUCUAGUCUUGACAUCCACCACGCAUACGUCCAUGAUAGAUUUUUAGUUUAUAUAUAAUAUUGGUUGUUUGGUUUAUGCUGUGGCCUUAUUUAGAAGGGCUCAACUGUGGGGGUUGUUAAUGGGACAGAGACUUCCAAAAUAAGUGCGACAUAUUUUGCUAUGUUUCUCGUUUUCAAUUGGGAACACGUUAAAAAUAAAGGUAUUUAUUGUAAAAGUAUGCGCUGUAUAAGUAUUGUGGGGUUUCCUCAUAUUGCAUUUUUUAAGGCAGCGUAUUGAAAACCCCUCUGUAUUGGUACGGUCCAAAGGCUAUAAAUACUCCCUCAGUCCGGUGCACAGUCUUCAGCUUCGGUUGCUAAGGAACCACUGAAUGCAGGUGGCUUAAACAUGACGGUGGCAUAGUGAGGAAAGCUGGUCAGUCUGGCUGGUUGAGGUGUGGAGGGGACACCACAAACCACGCCAGGAUUCUGACUAACACACUUUCCACUGCCCUCAGUAAAUCUCCUCCUCAUGUCCGUCGGUGGAUAGUUGCUACAAACAUGGUGACGCUUAUCACAGAGCAGCUCCGUAAGCAGAGUUUGGAAGAGCCGUAUUACAAGGCUUUCUCAUUCAAUGUCAAUGUGUCAUUACCUGCAGUGGGGUCCAGUCCCACGGUCUCAUGGAGUGCUUGUAGAUCAUCACAAGAGAUCAGCUCAGCUACACACCCAUUAUCCAAACCCAACCUUCUGGGUGAUUCCUGUGGACUAGACUCCCCAUGGUGUCCUUCCCACUCUGGAGAACCCCUCCAGAGACCAGAGGUUUCUUUUACAAACCAGGUUUUCCAAAGCUCACCUCCUCCACCACCUCCAAAACGCCACUGCCGGUCCCUCUCUGUUCCAGAGGACCUGUCUCGGUGUCGCUCCACCUGGCAUCCUAGUGCAUCCAAGGUUUGGACCCCAGUCAGAAGUGGCUGCCAAAGUGGAGGAGCAUCUAGUUCCAGCUCUGGAGCCAGCUCUUUGCCACUUUGUGGUCCCAGUUCCUCUUUCACCUCUUCCUCCCUACACUCCUCUUCUAGCCCUACCUUCUUUAGCUUAGCACUGUCCUCAGACUCGCCGAUACCCUGGAGCUUCUCAUGGGACCCCUGUGACAAAUUGAAAGGAGCCUGUUCUGCCUCCUUUGCUACUCCUUCCUCCUGCUCCUCCUCACCAGCCCCCCUGGUUUCCCACUCAGUUCCGCAGCGCCGCUUCUCCCUCUCCCCCGUGCACAUUCAGGAUGCCUCCAUGGUGCUCCUGCCCCCCCAGCCCUCCCCUGCUUCUGCUUUGAUGUAUAGCAGUCCUGGCAUAGAGCACCCAGCCCUGUCUUCAUCUCCCACUUCAGCCUGCAGCACGCCAUCCUCCUCUAGGCGCGACCUGCACCCAGCGCUGCCGCGCUGCCACUCGCAGCCCUGCGACAUGCGCAAACCGCGCUUGAAGAGGCGCCAUGACCCAGAUGUUCUGCCCUGCCCCAGGCCAGGCCUCGACUUCAGCAAGAUGACACAGAUUGGUAAUCACGAGAGCCCACUGUGUGGUACAGGCGGCUGCAUCGCUCCAGGGUCUUUCCAGGCAGAGCAGCGAUCUGCGGUCUCCCCUGCUGAGUUCCUGGGACGAGCCAGCAUUGGACCACUAAGCGAAAGUGAAGAGGAGGAAGAAGAUAAAAGGACUGCAAUAGAUGGAGGGCAAAAGAUGGCUUUUGAAAGAGACUGCACAGAACUGGACUUGAACCUUAUAGAAGAAAACUGACCACUCCUUGACGCUAGAGUGUGAUGACUGCAUUCAUAACUAUGUUAAGCACACCUGUAGGCUUUGUCCACUAGCAGAGUCCUUGGGAACCUGCUGCCCUCCUAAGGCACAUGUUCAGCGUUCAUAAUCAAGAACCAAGCAAUUAGAAGCUAAUCAAAUUACGAUGUUAUCAUUGUAAUGCUUACGUCAUUAUUCAACAUUUCACAAAAAAUUCAACGCUCCAUAGGGAAAUGUGCAUGAGCAAAUAAGCUAGUUUUCUUGCACACAGAAUUUUGGCUUACUUUACGUUAACUAUUGGUAUCUUCAUUUCCUUACUACAACUCAUCAUAAUCAAAGAACUCUGUAUACUGGAGUAAUCAGAAUGUGCUUAAUAUUUCCUCACACGUGAUUUGAAUACACAUUAAAAGCCAAUAGAGUAAUAGAAUAGAGGUAAACAUUCCUCAGUGCGCCAUCAGAUACGGGCAUAGUAUUUAUGA